UAGGAUGUUAAUCAGGGGCUGAUUACACAAAAUUUAAAUGUUUCUCUGCCCUCAUUAAGUUAACAUUUCAAACGCCAGGUCAUUGAGAUACUGUCGAAUAUUUUCCAAGCCAUUUUGGUCUGCUGUUAUUGCUAGAAACACUUGCAAAGACGAGAAUGAAUUACGUUCUUGGACUGUCUAUAGGUAUUGUUCUUGGCUUAAACACUGCAUCCGCCUAUCUUGUUCCACUCAAUAAUACCUCAUAUGCCACGGCUUGUAAAGAAACAGAUAAGACCUGUGAUCGUAGCAACCUUUCCAACAAGACAUCAGCGUGUCAGCUUCUCAAAGAGAACGCAACCUACCUCUGCUACGUGAAGCAAGGUUUCUGUAAAGAGAACGAUUUCCAAAACCUAAUGGCGACUGAGUGUAAUGUAAGCAGCACAACGAUCAACAGCAGUGACGCCAAGAACAGUUUUUACAACGCUUUGGCCAAUGUCUCUCAAAACUGUCAGACUCGUGUGGUCAACAGUACCUACUCUUCAAUGAUUUUCACGGUUCUCAAGUCAGAGGAGCAGUUCUGCUUACUUAUAAAUACUAGUCUCAACACAAUUUCCUGGGAAUCGUAUGUCAAGAACACAUCAACAAACUGCAGUGCGAGCGAUUUCCAAACUCUGAAAAACGCAGCGUGUGCCAACAACUUGACCAGUGUUGAUCAGAGAUUCUCCCGGGCGAUACUGAGUUCGAGCAUGUCAUGCCGGAGCCAGCUAUCUCAGUGUACUGAAUCGAACGGAACAGCGAAGAGCUUCACGAGAGACGAGUACUACUGCCAGUUCCUGAGGCUCAACGUAUCCAGCUGGAGCACAGAAACAUGCUUAAGAAAAAAUUGCACUGUGGAUGAGUUCAAAAGACUGAUAGUUGCUGCAUGCGGUGAAGGAACCACAACACCCCCAACGCCAAAACCUCUAAUCCAAGGCACUGUAACAACUGAAGGGGUUUUAACAACUACGAGCGACGCAAGAACUCUCGCUCCAUCAAAUGUCGAAUUCUUUUUUCUGAGUAUAUUGUUUGCAGCGUUGUCCAAAUUCGACGUCACAAGUCUCUAAAUGUGAACAUACGUCGUUAGUGAACGGCCAACACUUAGUUCAUUUAAAUUGUAAUAGUGAAUGCUUUCUUUAUGAUUUUUAAUGUGAGAAUUCCAAAUUUUUUAACAAAUGUUUAUUUUAAAAAUAAUAAAAACAUGUCAUGGAGUAUAAUA